UUUAACAAGUGGGCUACUGUGUUAUAAAAGAGCCUGGAUGGCAAAUCUUUACACAGAUGCCAAACUGCUGUUUUACUACUGUUAUUCUUCUACUGUAACUGCUGUAUAGACAAAUACACGGUUUGUGUGCACACACUGAGAAACUGCGAGGAGGAGAGAGAAAAGGCAAAGUAGGGAAAACAAGGCGAGUUAGAGAAGGCUGAGCUGGCAGAUCCAACACAGCCGUAGUUGACGUUCGCUAACGGGACCAGUCCGGUUCAAAAACAGGGACGUUAACCUGGCAAAAAUGAGAUUUUCAUCUUUGCUGUUAUUUUCAGCUAUUGUUGUCUGCGCGCUUUCCGCUCUGGUAAACUCCGAAGUAGAGGGAAUUCCUGAAGACAAACUUCUAGUUGUGACUGUUGCGACCAAAGAGACUGAUGGCUACAGGCGUUUUCUGAGGACAGCGAAACACUUUAACUAUACUGUCAAGGUUCUGGGCCGAGAUCAGAAAUGGAAGGGAGGUGACUACAUGUCAGCCCCAGGAGGAGGCCAGAAAGUACGACUUCUUAAAGAAGGUCUGAAGGAGAUGAAGGAUGAUGGCCAAAUAAUCCUUUUUAUUGACAGCUACGAUGUGGUUUUUGCCUCGGGUCCCAAAGAGCUGCUCAAGAAGUUCCAGCAGACCAAGCACAGGGUUGUGUUCUCCUCUGAGACCCUCAUCUGGCCAGACAGACAUCUGGAGGACAAAUAUCCCCAUGUCAGGGAGGGCAACAGGUUCCUGGGCUCAGGGGGUUUCAUUGGCUAUCUUCCCAACAUCAAAGAGCUCGUUGCUAAUUGGACAGGAGACGACGGUGACAGUGAUCAGCUGUUUUUCACCAAGGUUUACACUGAUCAAUCAAAAAGAAAAUCUAUAAAUAUCACCCUGGACAACAAAUGCAGACUCUUUCAGAACCUUCAUGGAGCACUUGAUGAUGUGGUGCUGAAGUUUGAAGAUAGUCAAGUACGACUCAGAAAUGUGUUGUAUGAUACUCUGCCUGUCAUCGUCCACGGAAACGGACCAACAAAGCUCCAGAUCAACUACCUGGGAAACUACAUCCCCAACACAUGGACAUUUGAGUCUGGGUGCACAGUGUGUCAUGAGGAUCUACGGUCACUCACAGCUCUUCAGGAAAAUGAAUACCCUCUGGUAGUGAUUGGCAUCUUCAUUCAGCAGCCCACUCCAUUUGUUACAGUGUUCUUCGAACGGCUGCUGAAGCUCCAGCAUCCCAAGAACAAGAUCAAACUCUUCAUUUUUAACAAGGAAGCUCAUCAUCAGCGUCAGGUCCGAUCUUUCCUAAAGGAUUAUGGAAGCCUGUAUGAGAAUGUCACAGUCAUCGAACCUGAAGAAGAGAUGGAUGGAGCUGCCUCUAGGAACCUAGGCCUCGAUCUGUGCCGGAGGGACCAGGACUGUGACUAUUUCUUCAGUUUGGACAUUGAAGUGGUCUUAAAGAACAAGGAUACACUCAAAAUUCUGAUUGAACAAAACCUUCCUAUUGUAGCACCAAUGAUAACUCGAGCUGGUCGGCUGUGGAGCAACUUUUGGGGAGCCCUCAGUGGAGACGGCUACUACGCCAGGUCUGAGGACUAUGUGGACAUUGUACAAGGACGGAGAGUGGGCGUCUGGAAUGUGCCAUAUGUGUCCAAUGUGUACCUGGUGAAAGGCAGCCUCCUCCGUAGAGAGCUGAAAGACUACGAGCUGUUCAGCUCCUCGGACCCUGACAUGGCUUUCUGCCACAACAUACGCAACAAGGGAAUCUUCAUGUAUGUAACCAACAUGCACACAUUUGGCCGCAUCCUGUCUACAGAAAAUUACCAGACCGGUCAUCUACACAAUGAUCUGUGGCAGAUCUUUGAAAAUCCAGUGGACUGGGAGGAGCGCUACAUCCAUGAGAACUAUACCCGCAUCAUGAAGGACAAGCUGAUUGAAAAUCCUUGCCCAGAUGUGUACUGGUUCCCAGUCUUCUCCACUGUUGCUUGUAACCACAUGAUUGAAGAAAUGGAGCACUAUGGAAAGUGGUCAGGAGGGGGCAAUGCGGAUAACCGAAUCACUGGUGGCUAUGAGAAUGUCCCCACCAUCGACAUCCAUAUGAUUCAAAUCAACUUUGAAAAAGAAUGGCAGAAAUUCUUAGUGGAGUAUGUGGUACCAAUCACAGAAAAAAUGUUCCCUGGAUACUACACCAAGGCUCACUUCGAAUUAGCCUUUGUAGUUAGAUAUAAGCCAGAUGAGCAACCCUCCUUAAGGCCGCACCAUGAUGCCUCCACAUUCACUGUAAACAUUGCACUCAACCAAGUAGACCUUGAUUACCAGGGUGGUGGAUGCAGGUUCCUCCGCUAUGACUGCUCCAUUCAGGCUCCUCGUAAAGGCUGGGCCCUUCUGCACCCGGGCCGUCUCACCCACUACCACGAAGGUCUGCCCACCACCGCCGGUGUCCGCUACAUCGCAGUGUCCUUUGUGGAUCCCUGAGCUCACAAAGAUGGCUGAACUUGACCAAGCGGGACACAUUGACCACAUGGUCCAGCAUCAUUCUCUGCAUUAUCCGAUUUAAAGCAGAAUUGUUUUUGUUUUCAUCAACUCAUUUCCUUUAUUCUGAUAUGGCUUCUGUCACACUCACACGGUGAUUAACUAUUAGCUGCAUUAGACAAACUUUUCUGUAGUGAAACAUGAAAAACACAAUUUUAUCACCACUUAAGAUGAGAACUUUUAUUUAAAGUGAUCUUUUGCCCAUGAGUAUUUUUCAGCAGCAGUCUGCAGGUGUUACCCAUCAUAUGCUCAUUUGUAUUCAGGCCAGUAACCAUCAAAGGUGUAAUUUGAAUAAUUGUUGACUGGCUCACUGAGGUUUGAAAGGCCUAAGUUAUCUAUUUGUUCAUAGGUUUUGUCAUAAUUAAGCAUUUCUGUAAGGUGCACCACUUCUUGUCAGGUUUUUGAACAGCUUCAAAGGGAUAUUUAAGAAACCAAUAGGUGAUGUCAUAGCUCACACACUUCUUAUGUGAAAGGAGGAAGUGAGGUUGUGGAUAAGCAUGCACAUAAAGACGUCACAAACACA